AUGAAGCCAAUAAAGAAACAUAUUGGCAAAUAUGUUGAUAUAUUAUGUGCUUCAAAAGAGAAUGAUUUGGAUAUCAAAGAAUUGAAAAAGGUUCUUGGGAAAAUUAAUGAAAGCCUACGAAAAUGUCUUGUAGUGGAACCAAAGAGAGCUGUUUCUAGACAGGAUUCUGUAAAGCCUGUUGCCCAUCUAACAGUGAAGAAAAUUUUUGUUGGUGGUAUUAAAGAAGAUACAGAAGAAUAUAAUUUGAGAGACUACUUUGAAAAGUAUGGCAAGAUUGAAACCAUAGAAGUUAUGGAAGACAGGCAGAGUGGAAAAAAGAGAGGAUUUGCUUUUGUAACUUUUGAUGAUCAUGAUAUAAUUGAUAAAAUUGUUGUUCAGAAAUACCACACUAUUAAUGGGCAUAAUUGUGAAGUGAAAAAGGCCCUUUCUAAACAAGAGAUGCAGUCUGCUGGAUCACAGAGAGGUCAUGGAGGUGGAUCUGGCAAUUUUAUGGGUUGCAGAGGAAACUUUGGAGGUGCUGGAGGUAAUUUUGGCCUUGGUGGAAACUUUGGUGGAAGAGGAGGCUAUGGUGGUGGAGGUGGUGGCAGCAGAGGAAGUUAUGGAAGAGGUGAUGGUGGAUAUAAUAGAUUUGGACGUGAUGGUGGCAACUAUGGUGGUGGUCCUGGUUAUAGUAGUAGAGGGGGCUAUGGUGGUGGUGGAACAGGAUAUGGAAACCAAGGUGGUGCAUAUGGUGGAGGUGGUGAAGGAUAUGAUGGUUACAAUGAAGGAGGAAAUUUUGGCGGUGGUAACUAUGGUGGUGGUGGGAACUAUAAUGAUUUUGGAAAUCAUAGUGGACAACAGCAGUCAAAUUAUGGACCCAUGAAAGGGGGCAGUUUUGGUGGAAGAAGCUCGGGCAGUCCCUAUGGUGGUGGUUAUGAAUCUGGUGGUAGAAGUGGUGGAUAUGGUAGCAGAAGGUUCUAAAAACAGCAGAAAAGGGCUACAGUUCUUAGCAGAAGAGAGAGCAAGGAGUUGUCAGGAAAGCUGCAGGUUACUUUGAGAGAGUUGUCCCAAAUGCAUUAGAGGAACUGUAAAAAUCUGCCACAGAAGGAACAAUGAUCCAUAGUCAGAAAAUUUGCUGCAGCUUAAACAGGAAACCCUUCUUGUUCAGGACUGUCAUAGCCACAGUUUGCAAAAAGUGCAGCUAUUGAUUAAUGCAAUGUAGUGUCAACUAGACGUACAUUCCUGAGGUCUUUUAUCUGUUUU